UGUUAAAAAGAAAGAAAGGAAAUUAUUGAAAAUGACGAGAUAUGGACGGAAAUUUCAAGGAUGAAUCAAAAGUAGUGGGGAGGGGUUAAUGGGUUAUUAAAUAAAAAGACAAUACAUAUGUGUUUUCUGAGUGGAUGUGAAGAAAAGAAUAAUGGUGAGGGAGAUAAGUAAUGAGAGUGAGAUUCAGGCGCCGGCGGCCAAAGUUUGGGAUCUCUACGGCGGCCUUGAGAUGGUAAACUUCAUCCCAGUUCACCUCCCCAAUCUCGUCCACAAAAUUGACGUCCUCCAAGGCGACGGAGGCGAAGGAACUCUUCUCCAUAUCACUUUUGCACAUGGUUUAGGAGGUCCUACAAGUUACAAAGAGAAGUUCGUGAAGAUAGAUAACGAAAAUCGUAUUAAAAUAGCAGAAACGGUCGAAGGAGGUUACUUAGAUCUUGGGUUUACUCUUUACAAGUUUCGUGUGGAGAUAAUUGAGAAAAAUGAAGAAAGUUGCAUUGUAAAAUCAACUGUUGAAUAUGAAUUGAAGAAAGAAGCUGCUUCAAAUAUUUCAUUGGCAAGUGUUCAACCUUUGGUAGCCAUUGCUCAAGCUGUCAACAACUAUUUCCUCAAUACUACUCGUCAGCCACAUGUUAAAGGUGAUGCAUAAUUCGAUCCAAUUCAUAUUGAUCAGUACCUAUGUAUUAGUUUUUGCUUAAUUAACGUUCCAUCUCGUAACAAUUUGAUUUUUGAGAAUUAUACAUUAUACACUACUUACCUGUCGAUA